UUUCUACUACAAAUUCGCAAAUUUGUUGUAGUUUGGAUUAUUUAUUUAUUUUUCCUUAUAAGAAUAUAAACAAAUUUCUAACAUUCCACAUAAUGGAAUGUCGUGUUUUAAGCAGGAAGUGAAUGUGCGUCUAGAUUAAUCAAAUUGACCAAUAACAGUGACUAAUAUGAUGAUUGUCAUCAAAAAGAUAAAUUGAUAUAACAUGGGUGUGUUUGAGGGCAAACAGAUAUCACAGAAGAUAUUCAAUAAAAAGCUUUUAUGAUACAAGGCAUCAAUAUUCCAACCUUCAAUUUAUUUAAUUUUACAUGUCUAUUUAAUUCAUUGUGCUAAAAUGGGGAAAUUGUUGAGUAUUCUAGCAAGAGAUGAUGCAAAUUGUUUCACAUCUCAAAGGUAUGAUGUGUUCUUGGAUUUUGAAAAUGCUGUCCCAACAGAAACUGAACGAGAAGUCUAUAAUGAAGUUCAGAGAGUUCUCAGAGCAUCUGAUAGAAUUUUAGAAGAAAUCCAGUCUUAUAAAGGUGCUGGGAAAGAAGUCAGAGAGGCUAUUUCAGAUCCUAAUCCUGAAUGUUUGGAAAGAGCUUGGAAAACAAUAUUACCUCUAGUCGAAAAACUUCGGUAUUGUUAUGAACAUUCUGUAGAAUUAGAAAAAGCUGUACCGCAUUUACUUGAAAAGUUAGUCGGUGGUGAAUGGAGUCCUACUCAGCAUUUAGAGACUCAACAAGCUUUAGUAAAACAACUCGCAGAGAUUUUGGAAUUUGUUUUGAAAUUUGAUGAAUACAAGAUGAAAACACCAGCAAUUCAAAAUGAUUUCAGCUACUAUAGACGAGUAGUAUCUCGCCAAAGAAAUACUACUGAUUCUGAAGCCCCAGAAUUAUUAGUAUCAGUUGAAUUGGCUAAUAAAAUGUCUUUAUUUUAUGCUCAUGCCACACCAAUGUUGAAGGUCUUGAGUGAAUCAGUCUCUAAAUUUGUGGCCGAACAUGAAUCUGAUAUAGAGAAUACUACAGAAACUUUAGGCACAAUGGCUAAAGUUUGCUUGCGUAUGCUGGAAAAUCCAAAACUUGUUGCACAAUUUGAAAGAGAAGAAACUCAUUUAUUAGUUUUGAGAGUUAUGGUUGGUUUAGUUAUUUUGUAUGACCAUGUUCACCCACAAGGUGCCUUUACGAGAAAUUCAUAUGUUGAUGUAAAGGGAUGUAUUAGACUAUUGCAGUCACAGCCUGCACACAGAGCUGAACCGUUACUAAAUGCCUUGCGCUAUACUACCAAACAUUUAAAUGAAGAAAGUACAUCAAAGACUAUAAAAAAUAUGCUGUCCACAUAAGAUAUUAAAAAAGGUAUUGUAAUUUAAAGAUACAUGAACAAUUAAUUAAUCAA